AUCCCUGCAUCCCUCCCUCCCUCUCUCCCUCUCCCUCUCUCCCUCCCGGCAGUGCAUCCCCAUCCCCCACACGGUGGCCGUCUCUUCGGGUGAAAGCUGUCUUCCCAGCGCCACUGGCCCGACAAAACGCUGCUGUAGCAGAGCCAGUCCGCACCGACCCGAGGCAGAGCAGACACACGGGAGAGAGCACGUACACACACGGAGAGUCUUUUUUUGUUCGACCUAGUGGCUUUGAUUUGCAUAUCCACUUCCACUCCUUCCUCAUUUGCAUACAGCAAGAAUGGCGAGCGGGCAUCCCACAGACAAAUUCAGUUUCAUGUAUCAACCAGACACGCACAAGAGUAAGAACAGGUUAUCUUCAGCUAUGAAUCCAGUCUACAGCCCUGUUCAGCCUGGAACCCCGUAUGGAAAUCCCAAGAAUAUGGCCUUUACAGGCUAUCCAGGAGGGUAUCCUGCCACGGCUCCCACCUAUACACCCAACCUUUAUCAAACAGGCAGUCCUGGGUAUCCACCAGGAUAUACUGCAGCAGGAACCCCAUACAAAGUGCCCCCCACUCAGUCAAAUGGAGCACCCCCUCCUUACACCCCAACCCCGACCCCGUACCCGACAGCUAUGUACCCCAUCCGCAGUGCCUACCCUCAGCAGAACAUAUACGCACAGGGAGCCUACUAUACCCAACCAGUGUAUGCGGCUCAGCCACAUGUGAUCCAUCACACCACCGUGGUGCAGCCGAACAGCAUCCCCUCCACAGCCCUCUACCCAGCCCCUGUCCCCGUCCCUACUCCUCGCAACAACGGCAUGGCUGCCAUGGGGAUGGUAGCUGGGACAACCAUGGCCAUGAGUGCAGGGACUCUGCUGACAACGCCCCAGCACACCCCGAUCGGAGCACACCCAGUUACUGUGCCAACCUACCGGCCCCAAGGGACACCUGGGUACAGCUACGUACCGCCUCACUGGUAGAGCCCACCCAUCAUAUCUGGAGUCCACCAUCGUAUGCAACUGCUCAAAUCUUACACGGGCUCCCGUUGGUAACCAUGGGAACUCAGCACCUGUCUGCAAGAACAAAACUAAAGUGCAACAGCCACUUUACUAUUAUUGUUAAUGUUAUUAUGCGACAUUCUCUAACGUUUUUACAAAAGCUGCUUUUAUUUUUUAUUUUUUUUCUCUGUUGAUUUGCCAACCAGUCAUUACCUUAUUUUGUAUGGUUAUUUUAGUUCUUCAUUUUCUUUUGCUGUGUCUGUCAUUGGAACUCCAGAAGGACUCUUGACCAAUCACGGGUGUCGGUCGCUCCUGUUCUGUGUUGUGCUGGUGUGCGUGGUCCCGCCUGCUGCUGCUCAGUUGGCUGGAAAAUAUUGGGCACUUAUUCUUCACCAUCAUCUCCAUCAGUCACUACAAAGACUUAUUGACUUACGCUGCCAAAUUUUCUAACGACUAGAUAUCAGCACAGGGUUUUAACAUAAUUAGGAUUUUUGUUUUUCGUGUUGUUGUAAGUUUUCUAAAUGUUUCCUUUAACCACAUUCGGCUGAAUUACUUUAACUUUACCAGUAGAGCUUCGUUCUUCCUUCCUCUUCAUCUUUUUUUUAAUCGAUUUGUUUCAUUUUCACUUCAGUCUCGGUCGUCUUCCAGCGCUUAGCUGUCUGUCCGGCAGUAGUCAGUCCCUGUUGUUACGUCUCCAUGCGAGUGCUAUGUCAGUGCUGUGAGCGCUCACUCGCCAUCACCCGUCGUACUCCCACAUUGUCCGCAUUAACAUUGUACCUAGUACACUAAAAACACAUCACCUACUUCAUGCUACAUACUAUGCAGGCUAGUAUGUUGUAACACUAUCGAAAACUUAACCUAGCUAGAGAACAUUUCGGGGUUGUUUGGGUCAUGUCAGCUUUUUUAUGUGGUUAGCGUAGGUCAGUGCAUUUAGAAACAUGUAAAAAUCUUUAUACUAACCGUGUCGACAGCAUGGGUGGUCACGCACACUUUCUCACUCGUAUACACACACACACACACACACACACACACACACACACACACACACACACACACACACACACACACACACACACACACACACACACACACAACGCACACAGGGGCUCCUGUGGUGUGUUGGAAAACACACUAUCACUUAGUGGCACUUACUGUACAGUACUUCCAGUUAUGUAGUUAACUGAUCUACACACACGUACACAAACAAACACACACAGACACACACACAGGACAUGGAUUUCUGGGGGUGUGCAUGGCAGACACAGCCAGCAGAGAAGGAGUUUAAAGGGAUUGCGUUGGCAGCAGGAGAGGAGAGCAGAGAGGGACGAGGAGAGCAGACAGCAAGUAAGGAGGAGGAGAUGGCAUAUUCACAGUCUGUCAUUUCACCUCAAGGUACAAGACAUUUGUGACGGCUCACCUGCAAGAGGCUGCACAAACAGACAGCGAUUUUUGCACUGUACGUGUUGUACGUUGACUUUUCUCGCUGUGAUUAUCGUCUCCUCCUCUGUCCUUUUUCCAGGAGAGGACUGAUAACCAAACACCCCAUCAAUGAGAAACCAAGAAAAUUGAGUUUUCAGUUAAUAAUGGACCAGUCAAACACAUAAAUGUGCUAAUGAAUGGCUAGGAUUCAGACUAGUCCAUUUCUUUAGAUGUUCUGCACAUUACAACUUUCUGAUGAUGCGAGUGUGUUUUCCUUUUAGCGUUAUGUUUCCAUAUGCAAAUGCAUUUAAAUUCACAGCGUGAUGAUCCACAUAGAUCAAGCUCAUUCUGAGUCUUUGUUUAUUGGUCCUCGGCUGAAGAAAAUGGGGGUAUGGGGUGGUAGCUAGAGAGUGGUGGUGGGAUUUAAUAUUUAGGUGAGGCCUGUGGCAUUUUUCAGGAUUUACAAAAAACAAAACAAACAAAAAACAAAAACAAAACAAGACCGAAAUCACAACUUCAAGAUCUGUAGAGUACAGAUUGGCAUAACAAAAGCAUUUACUGCGCGGGUAUGUGGCUGAAGUGGUUUGAUAUUGCAAUAAAAUAAGAGGGAAUGCCUCCAACUGUUAAAAUACGGUCAUUAUUUUAUCAGCGUUUUGGAUUGAUUUUUUUUUUAAAACAAUAGCUUAUUGUUGUAAUCUCUAAAUAUGGAUUCAAGGCUCUGUAUGCAGCCUCCAUUCAAUAAUUAUUACUGCUAAGAAAAGUAGAACAUAUCAAAAUUUUGGGUAUUGAAUAACAUUGUGAGGAAAUAUUGCACAACGUAAGAUAAAAAAAAGAAACUUGACUAUACUACUAUAAUUUAAUGCUAAGUAACAGGUACCUAGGCUUUGUAGUGCAAGACGGAGGAAAAAGCAAUUUAUAUCAUAAUUAAAAUAAAACAAUAAGGUCGAGUGUUUGAGGUAUUCUUAGUCCAGAUGUUUGUACACUAGUAGGUUAAUUCUCAAGAAAAUAUUGCAUAAUGCCGCUGUCGGAUGAAAACCGCCUAUAUUUUAACCCUAUUUUUAAAUGACUCUUGUAUUUUAGACAAUAUCAAGCUGUUGUUAUUGGCUUAGGAGUCAGGAAGUGUUCCCACCACGUAAGGAUCUUGUAUAUGUACAUUUAAGCCAGUAAAACUGAAAAAAAUACACAAACUGGAUUUUCUUGCGACAGCAGUAAUGUUACUCUACAUUAAGAUUUAUUUAACCAACCACUACUUUUGUCAGUAUUUUUCAAUUAAACCUUUUUUUUUCUCUCUCUUCUCUCCCUCUGGUCAAUUGAGCAUAUUGGGUAUGCAUAAUAUUCAGGUGUAUUUCACUAUAGCAUUGGAUUUCUAAGUUAAAAAAAAAAAACAUGCAGUAUAUUUAUACAGCAAGUGGUACAGUAAUGUAUUUCUAGCUAAGCAUGGUUGCAUCAGUGUGGCAGCUACUGUUUGUGCUUUUAGGAUUUUUUUUCUUACCUCUUCUGCAUCUCUGUCCUCUACAUAUCUGUCACUAAGGGGGAGGAGUUAACACAAGGUCUGUAAAUACAUACAGUUAGGACUUGUGGAAUUUACCGUCACCCAAUUCCCACGUUUUUAUGAUUAUCGCCUGAAUUUGCAGAUGUCGAGGGAGGUAGAGGAUGAACGACAGAACCGAAAUGGAUGCUAUUUUUUUUUUCCCUUGACUGAAAAAGGCUACCGUGAUGCCUUUGGCAGCCAUCUUCCAUGUCCAUUUCUGUCCUGUAGGUGCAAAGAUGUAAUGAAUGAUGUCUUGGAAAAACCCUCACCUCCACGCCCUUUGCUCUGUGCCAUAUUUCACCAAUUGUCGUUCGGUAAAUAUUAGUUUCUUCUCCUAAUUAACUGGUGAAUUCUGAGUCCUUGUUAUGUCGAGCUUCCUGUGAAUCUGUGUUUUCCUAUUGCUGUCCUGUUUCUCACGUUGUUGAUGCAUAUUGCCUGUCGGACUUUUAUCUUACUGUAUCCUCUGUGUUUAUCCUAUGUUCACUUUGUGCCCUUUGGAAGCCGUUUUGCAUCCCUUCCAACAUUUACAUUUAUCGCAUUCAGGGAUGCAAAAGGAUGUCCAGUCAUAUUGUACUGUUUCCUCCCUUUUCCACUCUUAUCGGUUGUUUUAACUCUCACACAGAAUGGUGGGUUUUUUUUUUCCUUUUUGUGUUUUCAGUCCAACCUUUGCAUCCCUCACCACCCCGUCUACGCAGCAGUCAUAUUGAACUAUAUGAUAGUCAUUAAAUUGGUGUUACAGUGAUCUACUGUACUUUAUAUUCCACCAAACCUUUUUUUAAACACUAGAUGUCGCCAGUGACAAAGUCUGGGAGUGGCAUCGCUGUGCUUCAAGGCUUUGAGCCGACAUGAUAAGUUAGUUCUUUUUUUCGUGUCACUCAACCAUAAUUGCAAUUUGGACGUCGCAUUUUGAGCACUGAGGUAUUUGGGAGUCAGAAUUUUCCAAAUUAAUGUCAUUUUAUUCCGACAUUUUCAGAAAUGUCAUUUUCAGCAACAAAAACAAGACUCCACAUGAGGUCUGAGUUGUUGUUUUUAGAGGAGUUCUCUGGGCUGGGGACCAACGCUCUUCAACUGUAAUUCUGUUUUAACAGAGAGGCAGACUCAGAGCAUUUGAGAUAGCUGAAAGUAAAAACAAGUCCUACAGAGCAGGUUUGUUUUCCAGGGUGGUGAAACUGCUUCCUCAUUUCACUCCAUUCCUUGCCUCUCAUUUAUUGUAAUUUGCACUUCAGUGAAAACGGACAGUCGAACACUUCGAUGUGUUCGGGGGGGAGAGGAAGAGAGGGAGGGGUGGUGUGCAAAGCUGUCUUAAUCAUGAGUCUUUACUUUUACUCUUCAUCACUUUGUCCGUAACUUUUCCAAACCUUCAUGAGGAUUUUUUUUGUUUUCUGUUUCCCAGUGUAACUCAAUUUUGAGCCUUUUCACUUUGACAGUGAAAAUGUGACCAAGAGCAUUCAUAACACCUCUCUUCCUCUCCUUCCAUUUUUCCCUCUCCCCCGUCUUCUUUUUUGCCUUGCAGUUGCAAAGUCUUAGUUUUUCAUGAGUAUAAAUUAAAACACUACUAUCACAGCGUAUAGUAGGCUCUUAAAUGUCUUUGAUGUUCUGCUGCAGCUUUUUUUUUUUUUUUUUUUUCCCAAUUCGUCAGAUAUCUCUUAGUUUAAUUUGACACUAAAUGUGAUGCAAAAAGUGGAAAUUCCUUGUCUUCCAAAAAAAUUACAUACUCGCAUCCCUCCCGGGUGGAGUAUUAGGAACAACCCCAUCUUUGGAAGUUUUCGUUUGGUACCCAGUUUGCACAUGCUAUGGUAUAUCUGUUACCGUAAGGUUGUGUUCGAAACUGAAGCCCAACGUCUGUUCAGCGUUGAGAGAAGUGAAUUGUAUGUUAGCUAUUUGGUCCGGAGUGAAGGACCUGCGUCAGGCUUGUGAUAUGAAGUGUAAAUCUGUUUUUAAUUUUUUUUUUUCUGUUUUAUUUUCGUUGUUGUUGAGGGUUUUUUUAAAGAUCAGUUAGUGAUCUUAGUACUAUAACUAAGCCAAGUUUGUAAUUGUAUAUUUACUGUAAAAUGUAGAACAUUGAAUAACUAUUAAAAUUUUCCUAUAAAAGGAA